CUCAUUGAAAUUCAAAUCAAAGCGUUGCCAAACUUUUAAAAACAAAAAUCUUAAAAUGAAGCCAGAAAGAGAAUCGUUUUCGAACACUGAAGUCUACUCCGUGGGAGAUUGGCAAAAGUUCAAGCUACUGCUAUGGAAGAAUUGGACACUUCAGUGGAAUCAGAAAAUGCAAAUUUUUUGUGUUAUGCUUCUGCCAACGUUGUUUCUUUGUCUUAUUGUCAUUAUGCGUUUAAUAAUAAGGCCCGAGGCUAAGCCGGAAAUUCGAUACCAUCCUGAAUCUACAUCGGACUUAUUGUUGUAUAUGAAGACGAUUCCGCUCGGCAAUAGGAUAACGCACGAGAACGGAACGCUUAAUAUACCACGAAAUUUCCUGUGCUUCACUCCGGAUACACCGUUCAAUACUGAGAUUAUGAAUGCUACGGUGUUGCGCCUUAGACUUCUAGGGAUUCGACCUUAUGACACUGCAUCGCACAUGGAAAAGGAUAUGUUGAUGCAUAACUUUCUGGCCGGAGUGGAAUUUGGAGAGCAGGCAGUGGCCAUCAAUGACAACGGAUAUCCGAUUGAAUUGAAUUACACGAUUCGUUUUCCCAGUGAACUGCGAACAAUGGAAGGACCAGUUAUUGAAACAUGGACGACAUCUAGAUUAUAUCUACCCUAUGACUCGACUGGACCGCGUAAUAGAGAGAUAAACGAUGGCGGAGUUCCGGUUGGAUAUAUUAGGGAGGGUUUUCUGCCAAUUCAACAUGCCCUAACUAUGUCCUGGUUGACCCUGGCAUCGGGAAUCACCGAUGCAGAUCUGCCGCAUAUAAAUAUUCAACGCUUUCCCUACAGAGCAUUCAGCUAUGAUCAAUUGUUGAGUGGCCUGCGUCAACUACUGCCCUUCGUGAUCCUGCUGAGCUUCAUCUAUCCCUGCUCGACGGUGACCAAGUAUGUGACGACCGAGAAGGAACUGCAACUUAAGGAAAUAAUGAAAUUGAUCGGCGUACACAACUGGCUCCAUUGGAUGGCCUGGUUCGUCAAGAGUUAUGUAAUGCUCAUGGUGGUGGUGCUGCUCAUCAUGUUCCUGAUGAUGAUCAAGUUCUACUUCUCCGUAUCCGUACUUUCACAUGCAAAUGUGCUUCCUGUAUUGGUAUUUUUGCACACAUAUGUGAUAGCUAGCAUAUGUUUUUGCUUUUUGCUGGCGGUAAUGUUUUCAAAAGCCAGCACAGCAUCUGCAGUGGCCUGCAUUCUCUGGUUUAUUACCUUUAUACCCUAUUCAUUUGCCUACUACUAUUACGACCGUCUUAACCUCUUCCACAAACUGCUCAUCAGCAUGGUGUUUACGAACUCGGCCUUGGGCUUUGGCCUCCAUGUCAUAAUCAUGUGGGAAGGAACUGGCGAGGGAGUCACUUGGCACAAUAUGUUUCAGCCCAUCUCGGAGGACGAUGAUCUGACCCUGUUUUACGUGAUCAUGGCCAUGACCUUCGGGGCAGGCGUAUAUUUCAUUAUUUGCCUCUAUGUGGAACAGGUAUUUCCUGGUGAUUACGGUAUACCUCGCAGGUGGGACUUCAUCUUUCGCAGAUCAUUUUGGCUAGACCUUAUGCCUUUUAGAUUUGUUAUAAAAAAUGCAAAAUUCGAAAGCACCGCUAGUGAAUCGCCGAACAAAAAAAAAAGCUGUAGAACCAAUAGGGUUGUGGGCGUUCAACUGUGCGACCUUCAGAAAACAUAUGGCAAACACCGAGCAGUCAAGGGUAUAAACUUGAAAAUGUAUCGCAAUGAUAUUACAGUCCUACUUGGCCACAAUGGAGCUGGCAAGACCACAACCAUCAACAUGAUAACGGGCAUAAUUAAGCCCACAAGCGGAACGGCCAUAGUAAACGGCUAUGAUAUUCGACAUGAUUUGGCAAAAGCGCGGCAAUCAUUGGGAAUUUGCCCGCAAGUCAAUAUUCUGUUCAACAACAUGAGUGUUCGCGAUCAUAUUAAGUUCUUCAGUAAGCUGAAAGGAAUACGUGGCUCCAAGGCGGUCGACAACGAGGUGGGUAAGUAUGUGACCAUGCUGGAGCUGCAGGACAAGUCUUUUGUGGCCGCUGAAAAGCUGUCUGGUGGCAUGAAGCGCAAGUUGGCCCUUUGCUGUGCUCUGUGUGGAAAUGCUCGGGUUGUACUGUGCGAUGAGCCCAGUUCAGGCAUCGAUGCAGCCGGUCGCAGAAGUCUUUGGGAUCUAUUGCAAAGCGAAAAGAACGGACGGACUAUUUUGCUAACCACUCACUACAUGGAUGAAGCUGAUGUCUUGGGCGAUCGCAUAGCUGUCAUAGCCAAUGGCUUGCUGCAAUGCCAAGGCACCUCCUUUUAUUUGAAGAAAAAAUUUGGCACUGGCUAUCAAUUGGUCUGCAUGAUGAAGAGUGGCUGCAAUGUGGCCGCAGUCACCGAGUUGAUAAAUCGGCAUGUGCCUAAUUUAAAGUUGGAAAGGCAGUUGGGAACCGAACUAACAUAUCGCCUGUCUACCGAUUACUCCAAGAACUUUGCGGCAUUACUAAAGGAUUUGGAUGUGAAUUGUGACAAUUUGAAAUUGGAGGGGUAUGGCCUGAGUGGGGCCACGUUAGAAGAUGUUUUCAUUGAAGUCAACAGCGAAAGAAGAGUUCGUGGCGGAGAGGAUGUGCCUCAGGCUGAGAAAAGUGUGGGCUUCAAGGACUUGGUGUUUGAUACAAGAACGAGGGAAACACGAGCUUGGAUCCGUUUUUGUAUGUUUUGGCAGGCUCUGUUUUUGAAGAAAUUUUAUAUCACCAUAGGAUAUUACUGGCUCAUGAUAAUUCAGAUUUGUCUGCCCAUAAUUAUUAUGACCCUGACCAUAUUUAACUCGCGCGGUGGUAGGAUCUACUACGAAUUACCCUCCAUGCCCGUAUCCAUUCUGCAGUACAAAUACGUUUAUGUAGUCUUGGAUGAUAAUGCCACUGAUCCAGCGUCGAGUUUAGCUGUGACUUACAUGGAUCACUUGAAGCAAUUCGGUAAUAGAGUAAAGCUGCUUAAAACAGGAGACUCAAGCUUUGAGGAUUACAUACUGAGUCGUGACAUAAGUGAACACCGCCGAGUCGAUUUCGAUUAUGUGGCCGGGCUAACCAUCAGUAAGGAUAACUUGACUGCGUGGUUGAAUAACAAGCCCCUGCAUACCGCACCAUUGACGCUUAACUUACUGCAUAAUGCCUUGGCCAUUAAAUUGCUCGGCAAGGAAGCUUCUACAUAUGUAAGUAAUUUUCCAUUGCCGUAUAGCGAGGAUACCAGGACAUUACGGCUGAAUAAGGGUCAGCGUUUGGGUGCUGAAAUAGCUAUCAAUUUAAGCUUGACCAUGGCAUUCGUAACAUCCUUCUUUGCGAUCCCCGUCAUAAAAGAGCGAGAAACUCGAGCCAAACUCUUGCAAUUCCUAAGUGGAGUGGAUGUGUGUGCUUACUGGACGAGUCAAAUGGUAUGGGACUAUUUCAUAUUUAUCAUAUCCGUCUUUUCGUCUAUAUUUACGAUUGCUGCGUUUCAAGAGCGUGGCUAUUCAACACCUUUAGAACUUAGUCGGUUCUUUUAUCUGCUGUUAAUAUUUGGAUUAGCUGCCAUUCCCCUGAGCUAUGCUCUAUCGGGGUUUUUCUCCAAUGCUGCCACAGGUUUUACACGAAUUUCCAUUUUCAAUACAUUGGCAGGAAGUGGAUUUUUUAUGCUGGUCGUAGCACUUGAUUUUGAGGCAUUUCAGCUGCAGCAUGUGGCAUCGGCACUUGCCUGGUACUUUCGAUUAUUUCCACACUAUAGUUUGGCCAGUGCCGCUCACCACAUCCAUAUAGGAUAUAAUAUUCGAAGUGGCUGCAGUUUGAGAAGCAUCACGAAAUUGUCCGAAAAGGAACGUUGCCGCAAUGUUCCCAUAUGCUGUAAUAUUCCAGGAUAUUUCGCAUGGAAAAGCCCUGGUACUCUGCCAGAUAUCGUAUAUCUACUUGCUGUGGGAUUAGCUUUAUUUUUGCUACCAAUUAUGUAUGAUGCCAAGGUAUUCGAUGCAAUAGGCGAAGCCUUAAGUAAGUUGUGCUCCGGAAGAAAGCGUUCGAGGGGAGGAUCUUCAAUCGAAAAUGAGGACGUUGUUGCGGAACGAUUGGUUGUUAGAGAAAUGAUAAAUGCCCAACGAAAAGAUAUACCCCUUUUGGUUGAUAAUAUUACCAAGCGCUAUAAAGAUAAGCUGGCUGUAAGGGGCAUUUCGUUUCAUGUCGCACAUGCCGAAUGUUUUGGCCUCCUGGGUGUGAAUGGAGCUGGUAAAACUUCAACCUUUAAAAUGCUAACUGGCGAUCACAAGAUUACCUCCGGAGAAGCCUACUUAGAUGGCGACAACAUAUCCACUCAUAAGAUUCACGGAAAAAUUGGUUAUUGUCCGCAGUUUGAUGCAUUGUUCGAUGAUUUGACUGGCCGGCAAACGUUAAAAAUGUAUUGCCUAUUAAAAGGUGUGCAACGUCGACAUAUUAAUGCAAUAACUUGGACGCUAGCAGUAUCUUUUGGCUUCGAAAAGCACUUGGAUAAGCGAACGAAACAUUAUAGUGGGGGUAACAAGCGAAAGUUGAGCACGGCCAUUGCGGUGCUUGGAAAUCCAUCGGUUUUAUAUCUCGAUGAGCCCACCAGUGGCAUGGAUCCCGGUGCUAGACGACAACUUUGGCAAGUAAUAGGACUCAUUCGUACUGCUGGAAAAUCAAUUGUCCUCACUUCACACAGUAUGGAUGAGUGCGAGGCGUUGUGCACCCGAUUAGCCAUAAUGGUGGAUGGCGAAUUUAAAUGCAUAGGAUCAGUGCAAAGUUUAAAAAUCAAAUACUCAAAGGGACUCAUACUGAAAAUAAAAAUCAAGCAUAAAAAGAAAAAUUUUCAAAGAAUAUUGGAACGAUCGUCUUCCUCAAGCCAAAAUAAUUCCUUCGCAGAAGCUGAUCCUAAAAAACAUUCUUUUUUAGGCACAGACAAUUUAUUACCAGAUCGAGUUUUAAGGGUAAAUAGAUUUAUAUUGGAAGAGAUUCCCCAUUCCGAGUUCAAAGAUGAAUAUAAUGGCCUAGUAACAUACUACAUGCCACAAUCGACAAAUUUGGCUACAAUUUUUCAGCUCCUUGAAAGUAACAUGCAAAAAUUGAAUAUUGAAGAUUAUUUAAUUAUGCAGACACGGUUGGAGGAAAUAUUCUUAGAUUUUGCUUCAAAACGAGCUGGUUCUUGUAGUGAUAACUAAAAAAAAAUUUUUGUGUUGCUAGCUGAAUAGUUUUGUUAUUAUUUCUGUAUUCUGUUAUUUUUUUCUUUAAUUCUGUUAUUUUAAAU